AUGCCGCCGCCGCCGCCACGGAGCCGCGCGGCGCUCGCGGUGGUCGUCGCUGCCGUGCUCCUCAUCGUGGCAGCCAACCCGCAGCGGAGCGCCGCCGCCCACGGCCCCGGCGACAGCGUGGCCUCCUGCACGGGAACGGUGGGCGAGUGCGUGGACGACGGCGCGGUGGCGAGGAGGGAGCUGGGCGGGAACGGCUACAUCGGCUACGGCGCGAUGGGCGCCGGCAACGUGCCGUGCUCGUACCGCGGCGCGUCCUACUACAACUGCCGGCCGAGCGGCGCCGCCAACCCCUACUCCCGCGGCUGCUCCACCAUCAACCAGUGCAGAGGAUAG